AUGUGCGCUCCUCGGAAAUCAUUGGGAACCCAAAACACGAAAACUCGAAAAAUUAAAAUUCCAAAAAAUCACAAAUGCAACUACAAAUUCCACAAGUCUCUUGAUGAUCUGAAGCUGAAAAAAGUGAAAAUUGAAAGUUGCUCCUCAUCCUGCGCCAAGGUGUGCGAGAAUGCUUUGUACCACAUGGAGUGCCCAUCCUCCUGCGCUGGAAACUGCAAAAACCAAAAUUUCAAGGCCAACGACGUUAGCAAGGUUUCUGUAUCUCACACCGUCUCAAAGGGAUUCGGACUAUUCGCUGCAUUUGACAUCAAAAAAGAUGACUUCGUGAUUGCCUUCACUGGAGACGUCAUCAGUUCCAAUGAAUACAAGAUGAGGAUUCUGAACUACAAAAAGAGCAAGACUUUUCCAUAUAUCUAUAAAUCCGGACCAUUCUACAUCGAUGCCACGGAGAGAGGGAAUCCUGCAAAAUACUCAAAUUAUGCCUGUAAUUUCAAUAUGAGGACCGAAAAAUGGCAAUUGGAUGGGAAGAUUGAGGGAUUUGUGGCUCUUGGAUUUUUUGCUGAACGACGGAUUAAAAAGGGGGAGGAGUUGACGAUCGACUACAAUUUUGAUGAGGAUGAGUCCAGAAAAAUCAAAUGUCUUUGUCAACAUCCGAACUGCUCAGGACACAUGGGACGAGCUCUGGCAAGUCGACGGAGGUAG